GACCAAUCUGGUGGUCUGCGUUUUCAAAGUAGUGCCUUUGAAAGAUUCCUGGAAGAAUUAUUCUUAUCAAUCUCUCUCCUUCCUUCUCCUCGUUUUCUCCGUGAGCGGCGACAAGAGUUCUGCAUCUUCAGGGGGGAAGCUAUGUCUGCGGUGGAGGAGAAGAGACCAUUGAUGAUGAGGGGAGGAGAAUCAUCACCAUCAUCUGAUCGGAACCUCCCUGAUUUCAAAAAAUCCGUGAAGCUCAAGUACGUCAAGCUAGGUUACCAUUACCUCAUCACGCACGGAAUGUACCUCCUCCUCUCCCCUCUCCUCCUCCUCAUCGCUGCUCAGGUCUCCACCUUCUCCCGCAAGGAUCUCGCCACCCUCUGGGAGCAUCUCCAGUACAAUCUCAUCUCAGUGGUCCUCUGCUCGGCUCUCCUCGUCUUCAUAACCACCAUCUACGUCAUGACUCGCCCCCGUCCUGUCUACUUGGUCGACUUCUCCUGCUACAAACCCGACGAUGCUCGCAAAUGCACCAAGAAGAUCUUCAUGGAACGGUCCAAACUCACCGGCUCGUUCACCGAGGAGAAUCUCGAGUUCCAGAGGAAGAUUCUCCAGCGUUCGGGGCUUGGGGAGUCGACUUACUUGCCUCAGGCUGUCCUCAACGUUCCUCCGAAUCCUUGCAUGGCGGAAGCGAGAAAGGAAGCUGAGGCUGUGAUGUUUGGAGCUAUAGAUGAGCUUCUUGCUAAGACCAAUGUGAAUCCUAAGGAUAUUGGGAUCUUGAUUGUUAACUGCAGCUUGUUCAACCCUACUCCUUCUCUAUCCGCUAUGAUUGUUAACCACUAUAAGCUCCGUGGUAACAUACUCAGCUACAACUUGGGAGGAAUGGGAUGCAGCGCGGGGUUGAUUUCGAUAGAUCUCGCCAAGCAUCUCCUCCACUCCAUCCCCAACACUUAUGCUAUGGUGAUCAGCAUGGAGAACAUCACGUUGAACUGGUACUUCGGGAACGAUAGGUCGAAGCUCGUCUCUAACUGUCUUUUCAGAAUGGGAGGUGCGGCGAUUCUUCUCUCGAACAAACGAUGGGACAGGAGGAGAUCGAAGUACGAGCUUGUUGAUACGGUCAGGACGCACAAGGGAGCUGAUGAUAAAUGCUUUGGCUGCGUAACUCAAGAAGAGGACUCCACGAGUAAGGUUGGUGUGACACUGUCCAAAGAUCUAAUGGCUGUUGCCGGUGAUGCUCUGAAGACGAACAUCACGACGUUGGGACCACUGGUUCUGCCGACAUCUGAGCAGCUCCUGUUCUUUGCGACGUUGGUGGGAAGGAAACUCUUCAAGAUGAAGAUCAAGCCGUACAUCCCGGACUUCAAACUAGCGUUUGAGCAUUUCUGCAUCCACGCGGGAGGAAGAGCUGUUCUCGAUGAGCUGGAGAAGAACUUGAAGCUCUCUGAUUGGCACAUGGAGCCUUCGAGGAUGACGCUCUACCGUUUUGGUAACACGUCAAGUAGCUCUUUGUGGUAUGAGUUAGCGUAUAGUGAGGCUAAAGGAAGGAUCAAGAAAGGUGAUAGGAUCUGGCAGAUUGCUUUUGGUUCAGGGUUUAAGUGCAACAGCUCGGUUUGGAGAGCAGUGAGGUCUGUAAAUCCUAAAAAGGAGAAGAACCCAUGGAUGGAUGAGAUUCAUGAGUUCCCGGUUGAUGUCCCCACACACGCAACAAUCUAGAAACCACUCAGCCAGCGUUGUGUAUUGUUCUGAAGAGACCUCUCUUGUUUUUGUUUUGUUUCCAUGUUCUCUUGAGUUUUCUUAUCUUUGAGAUUCUGCUUUUGUUCCAUUUUCUCUUCCUAAUGAGCUUAGCUUGUUCUUGAUUGGUUGGCAAAUUUACCAACCUUUUUUUAACAUUAUUUCCUCCUUUUUGGGUUUAAAAUAAAUUUCAGAACAAUUUUGUA